AUGGCCACACAUGUAGCAAUACACAGAAAGCGCGCGUACACAAGCGACGGGGCAUGGAUGGCCUUGUACACGGACCGUAAACCCAAACUUGAUCUUGGAGAGUCGAUCGACAGAUGGGACGCAAUUAAAACCUCGCAAAGUAUUGAUUGUUCCUUUUCACAAAGUAUUGUUUCGGUUGAGGAUGAGGGACCUUCUGGGAUGCAACAACGGGGCCAGCGUGGCAGGGAGAUUCGCGCACUCGUCGUGCAUAAAUCUGUUCCCGGGGGUCGAGAAGAUCGGGAGGGUGCAAGUGUCGCAAGCCCAGUCGGCCACAAAGUCGGGAUCAUGGUCGUUCUCCGGCUCCGGCUCUCGAAAGCUGUGCUGCUUAUUGUAUUGAGGGCCUGGGAAAGAGGAGCAACCAACGAAGGCGAAGAAGCUGCGGCGCUCAGGCAGCAGAAGCGCCGGAAAAUCUGUGGAGACGACAGCAUCACUCCAAAUGAAAUCAACAACUAA